CAUAUACCUACCAGGAGAGGGCGCUCCACUCGGAAUCUGGAUGUGUGUUCCGAGCGGAAGUUCUAUAUCAAGACUUCCGGUGUGUUCCCAGCGCACUGAGUCGCGCGGAAAGAUGAACGCGCCUCCUGCUUUCGAGUCAUUCCUUCUAUUUGAAGGAGAGAAAAAAAUCAGCAUCAGUAAGGACACGAAAGUGCCGAACGCAUGUCUGUUCACGCUCAAUAAGGAGGACCACACGCUGGGAAACAUCAUCCGAGCUCAGCUGCUGAAGGAUCCUCAGGUUUUGUUUGCUGGUUAUAAGGUUCCCCAUCCCCUGGAACAUAAAAUCGUCAUCCGAGUGCAGACCACCCCUGACUACAGUCCACAGGAAGCCUUCACAAACGCCAUCACUGACUUGAUUAGUGAGCUGUCGCUGCUGGAGGAACGCUUCAGGGUCGCCAUCAAAGACAAACAAGAAGGCAUUGAGUGAUUUAAGCCCAUCACAAAAUUUCCUGUUUAUCUUCAUUUCUGUUGUUUUUUCUAAAUAAAUGUGAUGCCACUCCCUG